UGCCCUGGGCGUCAGGCGCAUCGACAUGUCCUGAGCGUCAGGCACAUGCUAAUUACAGGUGUUUUUAUUGAGAUGCCCUGAGCGUUAGGUGCAUCGACAUGCCCUGAGCGUCACGUGCAUGUUUCCUAUUUAAGUGCUGCUGAUUGAGAUGGCCUGAGCGUCAGGUGCACCCCAAUGAGCGUCAGAAAAUAUGGUGAAGACAUGUAUGCACGCCCUGAGCGUCAGGUACGUUUCAACAAUCACUUGUAUCAACAAAUUACUUGCCUAAAAGGCUGACGAAGGAGGCCCGACAUACCCAGAUUUCCCCAUAUUGUGAACAGGAACCACAAGAAAUAUACGUUUUUUGUUAUAAUUGCAAAUAUGACGUUAUACAAUGCAAUAACACAAUAUAUUCACCAAGUAAUCGACUGGCACAGCCAUAUUUUAUCUCGCCAACACUUUUAAUACUCACAGCUGAUAAUCCAUAUACAGUCAUUAACUGUGAAUUAAUUAAAUAAAGAAACUAGAUAACCCUAAACAAAGUAAAAUGUCAAAAAAAAUUAUACACUACAGAGCCCUCACAUCCCAUAGCUUUGUGAUCUUGUUAACAUUAACAAUGUUAGUACACCAGUUUUUUAACACAUUGUCACUCAAGUGGACAUAUCUACGAUAACAGUCGCUAGACCAUCUUCCUAGUAUUUUUAUAGCUGAAUCAGGUAUGCUGCAGGAUGCCGCCGCUGAUGCCCCUCCAAUUCUAAAACUGUGUGUGUUUAAGUUAGCACUGCAUUUGAGGGAUACAUUGAGCAUGGCACUGACGUAUUUCCGAGUAGCAAUUUCACCACUAUGCAAAAUAAACCAAGGACCGGGGACCAAACUGCGAAACGAUAAGUAAUGCGCAAAUGCGUUUACGGAACAAAGGCAUCCACCAAUCCUGGCCAAACGGAUCUUAAUACCGGCUCUAAAUGGAUCAGUUUUUGAGCUUUUGAUAUAAGGGUACAGAAUGUUAUUGUCCUUUGAAAAACUAAAAUCAUGUGGUGAUAAGUGUCUUAGAGGAUCCCAGUGGUAUUUUGUAGGAGAGACGUACUCAGAUACUCGCAAUAGGCCAGAAAACGCCAUUAACACUAAGCAACGCCACAAAGCCUUAUCAUAGUUAAGAAAUUGGCUAUCUUCCAAAAACGACAAAAUCUCUGAUAGAUGAGCCGGGGUGAUUGGCAGGCGAAGUGUAGGUAUGUUAGGCAAGCUUCUCCGUAUACCACGCAUAGUGUAUCUUAGUCUUAUCAUAUUUGACAUGGUGUUGUGGCCAUUAAUAACACUCUCAUAUUGUACUGCGGCAAGAUAAACCUUUAUGGUUGUAUAUUUGAUCGUGGACGCAAGGUGCGUAGCAAAGAGUUGUAAAGUUGGUUCCUGAAGUGGAAACAAAGGGGUUGACAAUUGAUAGCAAAAUCUUUUAUAUGCACGGAAACCAGAACGAUAAGUUAGUCUGGUGUUUGCUGAAAGCGCUGAAUUUAAAUAAAAUCUCAAUCAACCAGUAAGAUUUCUGACAUUGCUGGAGGAAUUGGUGUGGGUAGCUUGUCUGCUUCUGGACACAACUCUCGGAAUUUUGACACCUGCAAACGGGAAAGCAAAUCAGCAUAAACAUUUCUCGCACCUAUGACAUGAUGCAUUAGCAAAUUAAUAUUAUUUCGAGCAGUAAAGAAAAACAAUGUUCUAAUUAACCUCAUAAUAUGCUUGCAUUUACAUGAACCUGUGCUCCAAAUAUGCACCAAUGCCUCAUUGUCUGUGAACAAGACAACCUGCUUAUCCUUCCACCCGGCACCCCAAGUAUGCACAGCAACCACAAUAGCCAAAAGCUCUGAAAAUGUAAUACUGUGUUUUUUUCUGGUGAAAUUAAUUGAGAACCAUGAACCGUCAUAGAAACCACCCAAACCUAUAUUGGACGCUUCUGUAAACAAAUUUAAACUGAAGGAAUUAACUUUCUCUGACUGUAUCAUAGCCACACCAUUCCAGGUUGGCAAGAACUCACACCACCAUUCUAUGUCCUUUCGCGAUUCAGAAGUAAUGCUAAUAUGAUGGAACAAACUAGUCACAGAUAUGGAAAGAUUAAUCAGGCGCCUCAAGAACAUGCUGCCACAUUUAACGACCUUGCACGCGAAGGACAACGACCCAAUAAGAGAUAAUAAUUCCUUUUUUGUACACUUUAUAUUUUCACGCCACAGUUGUAAAGUAUUAAUUAAUGCCUAAAAUUUAUCGUUAGGUAAACGUAUAAUGAACUUACUAGUAUCGAUUUCUAUGCCCAGGUAAUAACCUGUGAUGGUCCAACAAGCUUAUCUGAGGCUAAAGGUACACCAAGUGCUGAAAGUACAUCUUUAAUUACUUUUAAUGUUGUUAAACAUGCCUCUCUUGUUUUCUCUCCUGUUAUUAAAUCAUCUAAGUAGUGUAAUAAGUUUUUUAUAAAAGCAACAUCAUGGUAAAGAUGGCGCUGCGGUGUACGGACGUGUUCCGCCACCUCUUAUUACUUGUUGUUAUAUUUUCUGUGAAAAGGCCUACUUUUACAUCAGCUGGACCUGCAAUUUAUGAUAUUAUGGAUACAAAUACUGGUUUUACUAUGGAAUCGUUUGAUUUCGUGCAAGACUGUUUUUACAGUGCAUCUUUAUGGGUUUAUAAACAGAAUCACAUUUAUAAACUUAAUCUUGAUCUCAGAGAAACGACUUGGUUACUUUUAAUACUUGCCGGGGGCGUUGAAAUCUGUCCGGGUCCUAAUUGUGGCGCUUGCUUGAAUAAUAUAAAGCAUAACAAACAAAAGGUAACAUGUAUUGGAUGUACUCAAUUUUUUCACAAAAAUUGUAUCAACAUAAAAGAUUUUAUCACAACAUCUCUUUGCACUCAAUGCAGACUCAACCACGACGGGGGUCGAACUGAAAAUGACACUAUUAACUCCUUUUCAGAAAAGCGUGGUUUCAAACUUCUUCAUCUAAACGUCAAUGGCUUGUUUGGAAAAAUUGACCAAAUCCGGGACAUGUUAUUCAGUACUAGAAAAAACAUUCACAUAUUUGGAAUAACUGAAUCUCAUCUAACUGAAAUAAUUCCGGAUUCACUAGUUUCAAUUGAAGGAUACCGUACUGUAAGGAAAGAUCGAAAAACAGGAAUUGGUUGUGGUGUUAUUGUUUACAUUAGAGACAAUCUCAAAUGGCAACGUAGAUUUGACUUGGAGCGUGAUAUCGAAUCCAGAGUUGUAGAAAUCUUUGUAGAAAAGUCCAAAUCUUUUAUCGUUUGUGUCAUGUACCGACCCCCGGAUAGUUCAUUACAUGGUACAAAAAAUUUCAAAACUUGUCUUAACGACUUUUUAACAAUUAGCUCAACGGAAGAUAAAGAAACUUUACUACUGGGAGAUCUUAAUAUAGAUUAUAAUAAACGCAAUGAUCAUAAACAAUUAAAAGACCUAUUUGUUAUUGUGGGUCUCAAGCAACUCAUCAAACAGUUCACUAGAGAAACGGAAAGUUCAAAAACGAUAAUUGAUGUAAUUUUUACCUCGCAUCAAAAAAAUGUCAAAGAAACAAUAGUUCUACCAUUAGGGAUCAGUGAUCAUGACUUAAUUGGUGUAAACAGAAAAAUAAAUGUCAAUCGCUAUGUACCUCGUAGAAUUAAAAUUCGAGAUUAUAAAAAUUACAAGGCAACUCGUUUUAAGGAUGAUAUGAAAAACUCUGAUUGGGAUUCUAUUAUCUUUAAAGAUACCAUGAAUGAAAGCUGGGAUGCAUUUAAAUCAAGAAUCCUCGAAAUCAUUAAUAUUCAUGUUCCACUCAAAGAAAUAUCUAUUUGA